CUAGAAUGUGCCUUUUAUAUGGAAUGAGGAUAUCAAUCUGAUUCGUUGAGAUGCUCUGCAGGAGGAUUACAUUAUUACAGCAGUGAAUGGGCUUUGAUAUGAGCAGACAGAGUCAGCUGUGGUAAACACAAGUGUGAGGACUGUUGAAAGAAUACAUAAGUACAUUGAACCUCCUUAGGAGAGAUAUUCCAGUUAGGUAAAUAGACCAGAAACCAGUACAGGACAGUCAUCAUGACCAACAAGGUUUCGGCAACAAGCAAGUUAAACGACUUGGUCCCUCCAAGCUAUGAGCAGGCCACUGCAGGUGGAAGCCCCAGUCACAGUGGCAGUUAUCCUGGUGAUGGAGACAUGUUAGCAGAGUUCUGCUGGGACGACCAGAACAUUAGACGGAUUUUCAUUCGAAAGGUGUAUGCCAUCCUUUCACUGCAGCUCUCCUGCACUCUUGCUGUCGUCGCUCUCUUCACCUUUUGUGAUCCAGUAAAGGAGUACAUUCAGUCCAACCCUGGCUGGUACUGGGCUGCAUAUGUGGUGUUCAUAGCAACGUACUUGACGCUCUACAUCUUCGCUGGACCGAGACGCAAGUUUCCAUGGAACAUGAUUCUGCUGUCAAUCUUUACUGUGGCUCUUGCUUUUAUGACCGGAGUCAUGUCCAGUUACUUCAACACCAAGUCCGUAAUGAUCUGUUUGGGUAUUACAGCUUUCAUCUGUCUCUCCGUCACCAUCUUCAGCUUCCAGACCAAGAUUGACCUGACCUCAGUCUGGGGCAUGUUGUGCAUCUCCUGCACUGCUUUGUCCUUCUGGGGACUCCUAUUGGCAGUUCUCCUGCUUCCUGGAUGUGUUCCUUGGAUGCAAGCUGUGUUUGCCGGGUUGGGAGCGAUACUGUUUUGCUUGUUUCUGGCUUUCGACACACAGCGAAUGAUGGGGAAAAAGCGUUACAUCAUAAGCCCAGAAGAGUACAUCUUUGCAGCUCUCAGCAUCUAUCUGGACAUAGUGUACAUCUUCUCCUUUAUCCUUCUGUUGUGUGGAAUGCAGGACAGGACCUGACCAUAAGCUUUCUGCCAACUCUUCACAUGAGCUCCGGCCUUCCUCCUUCUAUCUCCGGUCCUUCUCACCAGUCUGAGCAAUUCUGUCCACUACAGCAUGGCCCAGCUUGUCUUGUGUGUCCUGUGUUAAGCUUUUCCUCUGCUCUGCUGUGCCACAUCUGUAUUCCAUAGCAACUAGGAUUACAUCUGUGAGAGAUGCAAGUUUAAUGUUGUUUUAAACCAAAGAGACCAAGUGGCACAGUACACAGUACUGCUUUAAUAAUGGUUAUGAAACUGAAGCACUCUUCUGAUGUAUGACGUUAGCAGUGAAACUGAGCAUUUAAAGGCAUGACACUCUAUAUUUCUCUGUGAAAUAUAUCAAUAAAAAAGCAUAAAGCUCCA